AUGGAUCCUUCUCUGUUGCUGGCCAUCCUUUGCUUGGGAAUGGCCUCAGCUGCUCCAGUAUUGGAUCCCAGUUUGGAUGCACAGUGGACAAAGUGGAAGACAGAAUACGGCAAAAGCUACCAUUCGGAUGAAGAGGGAUGGAGGAGAGCAAUAUGGGAGGAGAACUGGAAAAUGAUUGAAGUGCACAAUGAGGAAGAGCGCCAAGGGAAACAUACCUACACCCUGGAAAUGAACGCCUUUGGAGACAUGACUGAUGAAGAAUUGCAGCAGGGGGAAACUGAGUUUCAGCCCGUUAGGCCCAAUGAGGAGGAACAAAUAUAUCCAGAUCUUCUAUUUGGUGACCUGCCUGCCUUUGUGGACUGGAGAGAGAAAGGCUAUGUGACCCAUGUGAAGGAUCAGGGUCAAUGUAAUUCCUGUUGGGCUUUUUGCGCAAAUGGUGCACUAGAAGGACAGAUGUUCAAGAAAACGGGCAAACUGGUCUCCCUCAGUGAGCAGAACCUAGUGGACUGUUCUCGUCCCCAAAACAACGGCUGCACUGGUGGCCUACCACAUCUUGCUUAUCAAUAUGUUAAGAACAACAGAGGCCUGGCCUCAGAGGAAUCCUACCCCUAUGAAGCAAAGAGCUCCGGCCAGGACAAUGUUCAUGCCCAUUGCUUGACCACAUACCUCUACUUUGAUGUUUUAACCCAAGGAUAUCCGCUUUCCAAUAUGGAUCCUUCUCUGUUGCUGGCCAUCCUUUGCUUGGGAAUGGUCGCAGCUGCUCCAGUAUUGGAUCCCAGUUUGGAUGCACAGUGGACAAAGUGGAAGACAGAAUACGGCAAAAGCUACCAUUCG